AUGGCUCUAGAACAACUGAGUGAUGUAGUCCAGAGAUGUGUGAGUCAUAAGUGGCCACCUAAGGCAAGGAUUGUCACAUUCCAUGGAGAGCCUAGUGUCUGCUGGUUUUUGGUUUUUCCUUUCAAUUAAGACCUAGACAACCAGGUGAGGAGAGUGCCUUAUUAAUUAGUGACCUUAAUUCAUCAAUUACAACGGAGGAGCCAAAACCCGCAGACACUCAGCCCUCCGUGGAAUGAGUUUGACACAUGCCCUAAGGCAACUGAGUUCACUAGAGCAUUAUGUUAUGGUUAGUCUCACUCACCAGACAUCCUCCCCAAGCUCGGAUGCUUCGUAUAGCUUAUGCGUUGUGCACAAUAGCUUGGGGACAAGGUUAGUAAAGGACAGACCUACCCAACCUCCCUUUCCAUCUCUCUCUCUCUCUCUCCCUACCCCUCUCUCAUGCAGCAAGCCAUCCAGGAUGACAACUAUACGACUGAGGAUUAUGACGUGUUCCAGAUAGCUGGACGUACCUGUAUAGAGGAUGGAGAGAGUGCUCAGGUUCUGAGUAUCGUCGUAGAUGAGGAAAAUAAGGUGAACUAAAGAUGAAACCAGACAUACACUGUUUUAUUAUCACAUACACUGGAUAGGUGCAGUGAAAUGUGUUGAAAAAGAGUCGCUCGCUGUGUUGUUUUACAGGGUCAGUCAUAGUAGUACACGCCCCUGGCGCAAAUUAGGGUGAAGUGCCUUGCACAUCAACAGAUGUUCAUUUGGAUGUAGUGUGCUGCUUCUCAGCUGAAAGGCUCUCUCUCUUAAAAUAGCCUUUAUAUGCACUUUAUAGGGAUGUAUGUUUGGAACCUGAGGUUUUCCUGACCACAUGAUCUGACCAGGAAAACCUCUGGGCCAUAAUUAUGGUAUAUGUUAGUUAUUACAUAUUACUUCUCCCCUUGUUUUUCUGUAGAACAUAGUGAGAUGUAUGGGCUGGAACCUGCUGGGUCCUCUGGUUCAGAUUCUGCUGAAGAAGGAGGAAAAAAAUCUUCCUCACUGCCUCGCCAUCCUCACACACCUGCUGGAGGUCUGUUUGCAUGUUCUAACUAUUAUACGUUAUUACAAAGGUCUAAUACUCUGCUUUCAGCGCAAUUCUGAUAUUUCUUCCACUAAUUGGCGUUUUGACCAAUCAUAUCAGACCUUUUCACAUCAGCUCUUUUUCAAAAUACCAAUUAGUGAAAAAAAUAUCAGAAAUGGGCUGCCUGUCUAAACACAGCCAUAUUGUUGUUUUGGUUAUAAAAUGUAAAUGUUUGCUAGUCUGGCCCCAAAUCUGUUUGUGAUGUCUUGCCACCAUAGGAGUUGGCAAGAUAGUACAAACAGAUCUGAGACCAAGCUACAUGUUUGCAUGUCCAGACACAGAAGUGCAUUGACACAGAAAAAGGAACCCUGUAUUCUUGUGUGUGAUUGGUCAGGUUUGCAGUCCCAAGGAGCUGCUGGUUGGCUUGCUGGAGCAGGUUGAGGAGGCCCACCCUGACUCCAUCGCAGAGACCGUCAUCCUCCUGCUGCAGCCACUACAGAAAGGUGAGGAACAGGAUGUAUUGUCUGAACGGAACACCCUCAAUAUUGUUUGACAUUCUUGACGAUUAAGGAGUUUCUGUAUCCUCUCCCUUUCCCUGCCUUAAUGCCUAUCCUCUGCUACCACUCUCUCAAUCUACACAUCCCUUAUCCCCUACCUACUCUCUUACCUCUUUCCUACCCUGGGCCUCUAACGCCUGCCCACCCACUUCCUCUACUCUCGCUCUCACCCACCCUCAUGCCCUUUGCCCCUAUUCACAAUUCCCUGUCUACUCCCUAACUCUCUCCCUCCCUUUCCCCACCCUGACCCCCUCCCUUACUGUCCCCACCUCUGCACCCUCCCCCUCAGUGUUGUUGCGGCUGGGUGGCCGGAAGGCCUCCUCGGUGGGCAUGGCUCUCUCCACUCUGCUGGGCCAGGUGGCCAGGCUGCCCGUGCCCCAGACCAAGGAGCAGGAGGAGGAUGACGUGUUCAGUCUGUGCCGCUGCUGCUCGGCCCUGCUGGUCUUCGUCAGGCCCUUCGUGGAGGAGGCCAAGCAGAGCGGGACGCCCACGCCCAAAGAGGACGAGCUGAGGACUGAGCUGCUCAAGUUGUAGGUCGACAUGUUUUAUCGGGGAGCUAUUGGGUUAAGCGAACGGGGGAAGCUUUUAUUAUUUUAUUUUUUGUAUUUUACAUAGAUAGAGAUACAAUACACCAUCAUACUGUAGCUUAGCAGAUGAGCAUUGUAUUCAGACUCAGUGUUCAAUAGUCACAUGUACAGGGUUGCAGAUGUGAUUGCAGGGUACAGUGAAAAUCUUUGGCUCCAAGCUCCAACAUUAAAGUACAGUGCAUUAUGUGUCUCUGUUGUGUCUCCCUAGCUGUAUGAAGAGUCUUUGUGAGCCUCUUCUGGAGGUGCAGCUGAAGGAUCCUGAAACCCUAGCAGAAUCUCCCCUCAGGAACUUUGCCACAGAGAUUCUGGUAAGAAGCCUGCUCAGAUUGUGACCAUUGCUCCUCUCAUAGCCUGGUUCCAGAUCUGUUUGUGUUGUAUAUCCAACGAGGAGACGGUUAAUUGUGCCUAUACAGCACCAACAGCUCUGGAAACAGGCUAGCUCUUUUUAUACUAUGGUUGAAGAUUAUAUUCAACUGAAUAUAUUCAACUUACAUUUAAGUGUUUACAUUUUAGUCAUUUAGCAGACAUUCUUAUCCAGAGAGACUUACAGAAGCAAUUAGGGUAAAGUGCCUUGCUCAAGGGCACAUCGACAUAUUUCUUUACCUAGUCGGCUUGGGGAUUCAAACCAACGACCUUUAAGGUUACUGGCCCAAAGCUCUUAACCGCUAGGCUAACCCUCUCUAUACUUUGGCUAACCCUGCUCCUCCUUUACAGUGGGGAAAAAAAGUAUUUAGUCAGCCACCAAUUGUGCAAGUUCUCCCACAUAAAAAGAUGAGAGAUGCCUGUAAUUUUCAUCAUAGGUACACGUCAACUAUGACAGACAAAAUGAGAAGAAAAAAAUCCAGAAAAUCACAUUGUAGGAUUUUUAAUGAAUUUAUUUGCAAAUUAUGGUGGAAAAUAAGUAUUUGGUCAAUAACAAAAGUUUCUCAAUACUUUGUUAUAUACCCUUUGUUGGCAAUGACACAGGUCAAACGUUUUCUGUAAGUCUUCACAAGGUUUUCACACACUGUUGCUGGUAUUUUGGCCCAUUCCUCCAUGCAGAUCUCCUCUAGAGCAGUGAUGUUUUGGGGUUGUCGCUGGGCAACACGGACUUUCAACUCCCUCCAAAUAUUUUCUAUGGGGUUGAGAUCUGGAGACUGGCUAGGCCACUCCAGGACCUUGAAAUGCUUCUUACGAAGCCACUCCUUCGUUGCCCGGGCAGUGUGUUUGGGAUCAUUGUCAUGCUGAAAGACCCAGCCACGUUUCAUCUUCAAUGCCCUUGCUGAUGGAAGGAGGUUUUCACUCAAAAUCUCACGAUACAUGGCCCCAUUCAUUAUUUUCUUUACACGGAUCAGUCGUCCUGGUCCUUUGCAGAAAAACGGCCCCAAAGCAUGAUGUUUCCACCCCCAUGCUUCACAGUAGGUAUGGUGUUCUUUGGAUGCAACUCAGCAUUCUUUGUCCUCCAAACACGACGAGUUGAAUUUUUACCAAAAAGUUCUAUUUUGGUUUCAUCUGACCAUAUGACAUUCUCCCAAUCCUCUUCUGGAUCAUCCAAAUGCACUCUAGCAAACUUCAGACGGGCCUGGACAUGUACUGGCUUAAGCAGGGGGACACGUCUCGCACUGCAGGAUUUGAGUCCCUGGCGGCGUAGUGUGUUACUGAUGGUAGGCUUUGUUACUUUGGUCCCAGCUCUCUGCAGGUCAUUCACUAGGUCCCCCCGUGUGGUUCUGGGAUUUUUGCUCACCGUUCUUGUGAUCAUUUUGACCCCACGGGGUGAGAUCUUGCGUGGAGCCCCAGAUCGAGGGAGAUUAUCAGUGGUCUUGUAUGUCUUCCAUUUCCUAAUAAUUGCUCCCACAGUUGAUUUCUUCAAACCAAGCUGCUUACCUAUUGCAGAUUCAGUCUUCCCAGCCUGGUGCAGGUCUACAGUUUUGUUUCUGGUGUCCUUUGACAGCUCUUUGGUCUUGGCCAUAGUGGAGUUUGGAGUGUGACUGUUUGAGGUUGUGGACAGGUGUCUUUUAUACUGAUAACAAGUUCAAACAGGUGCCAUUAAUACAGGUAACGAGUGGAGGACAGAGGAGCCUCUUAAAGAAGAAGUUACAGGUCUGUGAGAGCCAGAAAUCUUGCUUGUUUGUAGGUGACCAAAUACUUAUUUUCCACCAUAAUUUGCAAAUAAAUUCAUUAAAAAUCCUACAAUAUGAUUUUCUGGGUUUUUUCUUCUCAAUUUGUCUGUCAAGUUUGACGUGUAAACCUAUGAUGAAAUUUACAGGGCCUCUCUCAUCUUUUUAAGUGGGAGAACUUGCACAAUUGGUGGCUGACUAAAUACUUUUUUUCCCCACUGUAUGUGUGUGUGUUCUGCAGGGCAUCCUGUCGGACAUCGGGGAGUCCCUCCCUGAGCUGCUGUGCCACGGCCUGCUGAGGAGGAGAGAGGUGCCUGGGUUCCUGGAGGAAGAAGUGUGCUACCCCAAAGAGUCUCUGGCCAGUCUGGCCUACCUGCUGUUUGUCCAGCACAUUGCCAUGGAUACCUUCCCCACUGUCUUCAGGUAGAGAUUAAAGACUGUGUUUUCAGUUCACACUGCUCUGAAAGUACUGUUGCACCUGCCGCAGAAGUUUUUUAUUAAAUGUGUAUUGUAUGCCUCGGCAGUAUGGGGGUUGGUUGGCUCUUAAUCUAAGUGCUAAAAGAGUUGAUUGUCCUAACACUCUUUUCCUCUUUCAGCUCAGUGUUUGUUCUUCAGUGUAAUAUGGAAUACAUCAACCUCUUCUUGAGCAGGUACAUAUUCAUUUACUUAUCUCUUUUCCACUCUAGUUGGUAACAAUUCACUUUAUUUUCCAAUUUAUGUAAAUUACAUAAAGUAUAGCAUUUUAUAGAGUUUAAUCAAGUCUUGAAAAUUGGUUUUGAUUGUGUCUAAAUCCAAACAAUAUAUUUGGUGCUCUUUUUUCCUCAGAACGGAAGAAUCCAGGCUGCAGAAAGGACUGGUAAGGAUCCUCUGUUUUAAAAGUCAGAAGCCUAGCAAUUAUUUACAAGUAACACUUUCACAUUGACCUUCUACGACUCUUAACUGCUUGUUUCUCCUUUUCUAAGGACCUGUAUGAAAAGAGCCUAGUGAGGCUUGAGGACAACAGUCUGCCAGUCCAGCUAAUGGAGCUCAAAUCCUUCUUCAGUGUCCCUCAGGUAAAACCAAACAUCCUAUAUUGAUGUAAUGCCACAAAUACUUGGGAUAGCUUGUGUUAAAUCAAUCAGUAGAGAUGAAUUGCUUCAUCCCAUCUCGCUGUGUGAAUCAUGAUUACAUUUUAUCCUUCCUUUACAUUUUAGAACUUGGUGAAAGUCAUGACAUUGUGUCCAAUUCAGCAUUUGGUAAGUAACCUGUGUACAUUAUGUUUACUAUGACUACUUUGUCCUCUGGAGGUUGUGUAUUACUAAUAUUGGCAGUCUGAAAUAUUAUUUUCUGUUCACAGAGAACUAAAGCACUAAAAGUGCUGCAGUUGAGCAUCAAUAAAUUUGACACGGAAGCCAAAUACAAAUUCUUCCAGUAAGUUCACCCCUGUAGAACAAUAUGGCCGCUCUCCUGUUCUGACACCUUCCUGUAAGAUGCUCAUAGUCUUGCUCUGAUAACUUUUCAUAUCAUUUUAGGUGCAUGCUGAAGACAAGUCACCAUGCAGGAGUAGAGGGCUACAUCAUCAAGAACAUCAAAAACCAGAUCGACUUUGCCUUAAAGGUAAGGCCAGUUCAGAUUUACAAGGCUAGCAAACAUUAUUUUUUUAUUUUUAUGGAUACAACUUCAAAAACAACGGGAACUCUCCCUUUAAAAAUGGUGCUGUAUUACCUGUGGAAAUGUACAUCUCUCUCCUCGUCAGCCAGAGAAGGGGAACGAGUGGUUCAUGGGGGUACACCUGCUCCCUCUCCUGCAUCAGGUGCUGUGUCUCCCCCAGGGUCCUGAGACGGACCUCCUACAGAACCUGGACAGGUCAGUCCACUGCACCCCAACUACCAGUAGUUGAUUGAUGCAAUGUUUUCCACCCACCAUCCAGGCUAUAUUCACUACAAUAAUUGAUUGAUUCAAACUAGUUUUGCCCAGUGAGCAGUAGUAGGGUGUAGUGAGACUCAACGCCCAUGUCUUUCUUACAGGGUGAUGGAGUCUCUGAACCUGCUGCGCUAUCUACUCAUCAGAGACAAAGAGUGGAAGAACCAGGUAGCUACUGCCUCAAAACCACAACACUUUUCCAUAUUGCAGAAGGGAUGCAUGCAAUGUUUAUGAACACAAAAAGCUUAAUUUUGAUAAAGUGAGGAUGACCGAUGAUGUUUACACUAUUGCCUGGUCUUUGGGUUAAUUGAAUGCACACACUGAUCAUACUCUGGUCUCCAGACGGGGAUCUGGACUGAGCUGUAUAAGAUUGAAGAGCGCUUCAUGAAGCCGCUGCGAAUGGGGUUGAACAUGUCCAAAGCCCACUACGAGGCUGAGCUCCAGAACACCAAAGACAACAGCAAGAAGACCAAUGCUAAAGGUGAGACACAACCACUUAUUCUUAUCUAGUGCCAGCUGGUCUCCUUCCUACUUCUGUGGUGCCAAUUUUGGCUCCAUGGCUCCUAUAGUAACCAAUUGGCUCUAGAUCCAUGUUUUCUUCAUAUGAUAGUAACAUCUGUUUGGGCUGUUUGUGUUAGCAGAAUCCCAGACCCAGGAGUCGGUGUGCUCUUUGACAGUAGGGAACGAGAAGAUGCCAAACAUGACGCCAGAGAUGCAGCUUCAGGUAAAACACUUAGAUACGACUGUAUAAAAACAUACUGUUUAUCUAUUAUAGGCUCAUUUUAGAGAAUUGGCAUGAUUUAUACAAAUAUUUCUACCUACUUUGUAUUUUUAAUCCCAUGCUUGCCGUUUGUCAUUGUAGGUUCUGCACUCGGCACUGCACACGUUUGACAUGAUCGAGAGCGUCCUGGCGAGAAUAGAGGAAAUCAUCGAAGUGAAAGAGAAACCCUGAGCAGCAGUGGAACCGGGUCACAAUUUCAGUGUCGUAUUGAGGCCGUUUGCAAUGGUCUCAUAAUCGAACUCCCUCCCUGUUGCCUCUGACCUCAAGUGUAACAGCAGUCAAAAGUUAACAAAUAGAUAAGCGAACAGGUGAUCGAUAGAAAAGCGAUUUGGGUCAGUAAGCAAGCACUUUGGAUCACUUGUUUCUGGUGAACUUUCUCUGGAUUCUGACAAUGAUGCGAUUUUUAUUUUAAUUAUUUUGACAUCGUUACCCAAUUAUGUCAGGUUCAGGCAGAAUGACACCAAGACCAGCUUCUUGAAUAACUGAUUUGACUGUAAUAUAAGAUAAAAGCAUGUGCAAAGCUAUGUUGUAUGUUGAGUCUUCAACUAUUUUCGAGACUGUAAAUGCUUGAUGGCAGUUAUUCAUUUUUUAAAUGUCUAAUGCAUUUGCCAUUUAUUUAGUUACUUACUCAAAUGCCACUAAGUUAAUCAUGUUGAUGGAUCUUUGUUAAAGACAUACAGUUAAUAAACUUUUGCCUUUCUAACCAUGUUGUGCAAACGUCUUCAUCAGUUCCCAAGAGUGCUUUAUUACAAC